GCUUCCCUUUGAUUUAAACACGCCAUGAUCGGUCUGCAGAGGUCAAAAUAAAAUUAUGAAAAACAGAAGGACUUGCCUAGAUUUACAAGUAUAAGUUCAGAAAUGUUUGAAUGAUAUAAAGGGAACAGUAACAAUGUUUAUCAGCAUCAAGCAAACUAUGCAGGUCUUGCUGUCUAGGUCGUCAAACUGGUUGUGCAUUGACAACUCAAACCCUCACAUGCGAGUACCAGUUUUGGGGAUGUUAACAGAGAAGAAGUGAGCAGUAUGUUGAUGGGUGACCUGUGCUUCGUUAGACUGCCUGAAUAACUUCUACUUUCUGGUGUAAAGAUGGCAUUGAAUAACAAUAACAGCAACCAGACUAGCAGUACCGAACCGCAGUGUGUGCUACAUGCAGGUCCUCUCAUUGUGUCUGAAGAGAUCAAAUUGUUUGACACGGAAUCAUGGACACGAAUCAUCCGGUGACGGGUCCUGGAGGAAAAUUUCCACAAACCUGCAUCUUCUGUGGACGUGCGCAAAUACAACGAAGAGGUCAGCUCCCUGAACUGCUCGGAUGCUGUGACAAUCACGAAGCUGAGGAGAAUAUCAAGCAGGCAGCACAAGUUCUACAUGACCAGGAGAUGAUGGCAAAAGUUGGGAGUGUUGACUUUAUUGCAAGGCAGGUUAGAUACCAUCAUAGUUGUAGGAAACAGUAUAUCAAUAAAUCUGACAGAAAGAGGAAAAUAGUCAAAACAGAAUGUGCUAUCAACUCACCUGAGUCUAUGCAACCGCAAAAAAACAAGGACCAUGCCUUCAACAAAAUUAAAGAACACAUUGACUCGCAUAUCAUAAUGCAGGAAAACCCCGAAAUACUGACAUCACUUUAUGAACUAUACAGAACGUUCUUAGCAGAACUUGCUUGUCAAAGUGAUAACACAAACGCGUAUUUCUUUGGGCAGAAAAUUCUACAACACUAUGCUGGAAAACUGAAGAUUGGGAAAUUAAGUAAUCGUCAAGGCAACGUUAUUUCUACAUGACCAGGAGAUGAUGGCAAAAGUUGGGAGUGUUGACUUUAUUGCAAGGCAGGUUAGAUACCAUCAUAGUUGUAGGAAAUCGAGACCAGAAUGAAUCCAUUUAGCAGUGAUUACAGAAAUGAUGAACUUAUUUGCAUCUCCACUGGCAAGAUUGUUUCCAAAGAUAUUGCAGAUGAUUUAUUGACGAUGGAGAAACAGGGAAGUGCCUGGAUGGAACAAUUUGCAAGUGGAUGCUUUCUCGACUCCUCACGAUUUGAAAAGCCUAUUCCAAGAAGGAAGGUUAAGAAUUUCGCAGAUUGUGUUAUUAAAAUGGCUGUUACAAGAAAGGAUAACACCAUAAGGCAACUGACUUGUUCAAGAGAUCUGUUUGGUCGAUUGCUAUACUUGGCCACAACAAUUGAAAUAGAUCUGAAGAAAAUCUUCUCGUUUCCACUAACGCCAGUGCCACUUUCCCUAGCACAUGUUGAUGGGAGUGUAAUGAAAACAGAUAAAUCGAAAUUAAUGAAGAUUCUAGAAGACAGAAUAACAAAUGAACCACCCCAAAGAAUUGACGCAACUAUCAUUGACGGCAUGUUCUUGAUUUAGACAAUGACCGCUUUUCCGAGUACAUUUGCCGAGAUAGCAAAGGUGAUAAUUUCUCGAUUGUCCGGCUUAUCUUCCCGUGUGGACUUUGUGUGUGAUACGUACAGACAUCCAUCCAUUAAAGACAUUGAAAGGACAUCGCGUAGCGCAGUUGUUGGUGGAUUCAUUGUGUCUGGUCGAGAUCAGAGAAGACCAAAGGAAUUUCAUAAAGCAUUGCGAUCAGAGUCAUUCAAGACCUCUUUUUUGGUUUUCCUGUCAGAAGAGUGGGCGAGAAAUGAAUAUGCACCAUUUUUGAAUGACCGUUGUCUCUAUUUUGGGCUUGAAGACAAAUGUUACAGGUUCACGUCAGACCAGGAAACAGUUAGUCGCAUUGAAAUAGGCGAUUUGGCCUGUAAACACGAAGAAGCAGACACGCGUAUUAUCUGGCACCUUCAUCACAUUGCGCAACAUACCGAAGACUCACAAAAUGUAGUCAUACGCUGUAGUGACACCGAUGUUUUGGUUAUCCUUUUGAACUAUGCAGGAAAGUAUUCAUUGAAUGUAUGGAUGGAUGUUAGACUCAGUAGCAGUAACAACAGGAGAUAUAUAGAAGUCAACAAGCUCGGAUCCGUCCUUGGGCAAAGUAUUUGUGAUGCCUUACCUGCAGUGCAUGCUUUUACAGGCUGCGAUUACACUGCAGCAUGUGUCUGCAAGGGAAAGGUUAGGCCAUUCUCUCUUGUCGAGAAGUCUACAUUAUUCCAGAAAGAAUUUGCUGCCCUUGGAGAAAGUCAGGAAGUUACACCAGAAACAGAGAGUACUAUUGAGUCAUUUGUUUGUGCGAUGUAUGGGAAGCCAGGAUUAUGUGAUGUUGAAAGUGUCAGAUACUCCAUCUUCCGAACAAAGUUUGCACCAACUGAUGAAGCACAACCACUCGGAAAAAUUAAAGGUGCAGAUGCCACUCUUCUACCUCCUUCAAAACCUGUUAAACACCAAAAGCUACUACGGACAAAUUUGGUGUCGUAUAUUUGGCGGCAUGCUCACAAGGCAGUCCCUUUGGAAUUGGAUCCAACAGAAAAUGGAUGGUUGGAAGAUGAUGGAUACUUUAAGUUGAAGUGGUUUUCUGGACCACAAUUACCUACAGACAUUGAACGUGUGCUUUCGGAGAGCGUUGAUGAGCCAGAUGACACUGAUGAAGUUGAGUUGGAGAUUGAUGAUAUCGAUGGUGAUGACGAAGAUUGUUCAAAUACUGAUUAAUACAACAAUGAAAUAUUAGCAUGAAUAAUCAUGUUUUGGCAUUUGCUUAAAUGUACUAGCACAACUGGAUGACUUUACUUACACAUAGAUGAAUAUGGAAAUGGUUGCUUUUAGUCAUGUGAAAGAUUUAUGAUGUACACAUACUUAGUACAUAACAAGGCCGGAUGACAAUUAUAAUGUUCGUCAUUAUUUACUUUGUAAAUACAUUUUAGUUAAAAAAUAUAUUUAUUGAAAGUAUACGUAGUUAAACUAUUGUUUUAUGUUGAUAAGAAUUGUGCGUGAUAAAUGCUAGUAGAUGUGUGUAUACAUAAAAACAGUACAUGUAUAAAAUAGGAUAAUUUAUCAUGUAUACAAAGUAUGUUUAAUGUCUAGAUGAAAUUAAAUAAUUGUUUGAUUUUCCUGACAAAUGUUGUUAAAAAAAAUAAAAAAUAAAUAAAGUA